AUGGCGUUUGCUACGUACGAGGAGAGAGCGUCGGUGCACGCGAGUCCCGUUGCCUCGAAGCUGCUGCGGAUCAUGGCCUCCAAGAAGACGAACCUGUGUGCGUCGCUUGACGUGCGCACGACUGCGGAGCUGCUCUCGCUGGUGGACCAAGUGGGUCCCUACAUUUGUCUUUUGAAGACUCAUGUGGACAUCCUGGACGAUUUCUCGAUGGAGGGGACGGUGAAGCCCUUGAAGGAGCUUGCUGCGAAGUACAACUUCUUGAUCUUCGAGGACCGGAAAUUCGCGGACAUCGGGAACACGGUGAAGUUGCAGUACUCCUCCGGUGUGUACAAGAUCGUGCAGUGGGCGGACAUCACGAACGCGCACGGUGUCACCGGUAGUGGGAUUGUGAAAGGUUUGAAGGAGGCCGCCCAGGAGAACAGUGACGAACCGCGUGGGUUGCUGAUGCUUGCGGAAUUGUCCUCGAAGGGUUCACUUGCACACGGGGAGUACACCACUGGCACUGUAGAGAUUGCGAAAACGGACAAGCAGUUUGUGUUCGGGUUCAUUGCGCAGAGGGGCAUGGGCGGGAGAGACGAAGGUUUCGACUGGCUGAUCAUGACGCCCGGUGUUGGGCUGGACGAUAAGGGCGAUGCCCUUGGACAGCAGUACAGGACCGUGGACGACGUGGUCUCCACGGGCUCGGACAUCAUCAUUGUCGGCAGAGGACUGUUUGGCAAGGGCAGGGACCCAACCGCCGAGAGCAGACGCUACAGAGACGCUGGGUGGGACGCGUACUUGAAGAGAUGCAACGCUGCAAGCAACUAA